AUGAAAUACACUGAGAUAUCCCAUUUCAGCCACCCACAACACAAACUAAGAUUCGAACACAACGAUAUCCCUUUCAAAUGCGAUGGCUGCAAAGAAAUAGGCAUUGGAUCAUGUUACAAAUGCAGCAUUUGCAACUACGAUCUUCACACACACUGUGCAAUACCUUCCACAUCUCUCUACCAUCCAUUCUACACAAAAUGCACCUUCCAAUUCAUGUCAGCCCCACCAGGAAACACAGCUCGUUACUGCAACGCGUGCGAGAAGGACAUUAACGGGUUCGUAUACCACUGCAAGUCGUGCGGGUUCGACCUCCACCCGUGUUGCGCGAAGCUGCCAACGGUACUCAACGACGGGGAAAUGAAACUCUACCUUUACAGGAAAGUGAGUUCGCCGUGUCACCGUUGUGGAAGAAAAGGACGAAGCUGGAGUUAUAGAUCGAAUUGUAAGAGUUACAAUAUGCAUGUUGCAUGUGUGAGGGAAAUGUUGGUGGAGAAUUGGCAGCAAUUGUAUAUGGGACAUGGUAGGAACGCUGAUAGAGAUAUUCCAUGUUUGAACAAUACAAUGUAUGCUGCACAUAGUAGAGGAAGUAAAGGGAAGAAGGUGAAAAAGUGCUGUGAGAUUGCAGGGUUUGCUGUACAGAUUGUGAUCUCGGCGGUUUUGGGUGAUCCUACGGCUCUCAUUGCUGGUGUUGUUGGGGCAUUUAUGUCUCGGGCUUGA